AUGCGCAUUUCUGCUGUUCACGUCAUCCUCGCCAUGGCACUUUCCGCGUAUGCCCUCCCAGCAACGUCGCUAGGCACUCGUCAAGGAGACGUUCAUGGAGGCGGGAACAACCAUCCAUCAGGCGACGGCGGACAGGGAUUCAGCGGGAAUGGUGGUCCUCCCGGUGGCGGUCCGGGACAAGGACCACCAGGUGAAAAUCAUGGCAGCCAGCAACCUAGCCAGAAUGGUCCUCCAAGCGGUCCUCCGGGGAUGAACGCAGGUCAGGGCGACCAUAACGGUCAACAAGGUCAACAACCCGGACAGGGUCCUCAGAACGGACAACCAGGACCCCCUAAUGCACAGAACGGUCCUCCUGGGGAUCAGGGAGGUCGCUUUAAUGGCCGAAGCAAUCCACCGCCAAGACCUAACGGUCAGAACGGUCCUCCUGGAGGUAACGGAGGUCCCGGUCGCCAAGGAUCCAAUGGACCACCCGAUGGUGAUCAUCAGCCUCAGGGAAAUCCGCCAAACAGCCAGGGAGGACCACAGGACGGCGGUCACCCACAGAAUGGGCAUGGUGGACCUGGGCAACAGAAUGGGGGUGGACCACAGGGCGGUCACGGUGGUCCACCAGGUCAGAAUGGUGGUGGACAUCGACGAAGCGAUUGGUAUCCUUAG